AUGAUCUCUACGGCACCUCUCUAUAGCGGGGUGCACAACUGGACCAGCACAGAGCGGAUUCGCAUGUGUGGCCUCAACGAGGAGAGGUCACGGGCCGGGCGGAAGUGCGGCGCCUCGUGCGGGGCGGAAGCGUCGCGCUGUACGGCACUUUGCGACGCCAUGGCGGAGGAGUGGCUGGGUGCCGAGGCGGCGGGUAGCGGUAGCGAAGAGGAGGAGGAGGAGGAUGGCGAGCGGCGGCACCAGCAGCUCCUGGAGGCGGUCAGCGCCCUCACGGGGCGGAAGCGGCGGAAGCUGGCCGAGCGCUCCGAGGCCAGUGCACAGGUGUCUGAGUUCAACGUUAGCUGUAAAGGUGCUGGGGAGAAACUUGUCCUGUCUGAGCUCCUGCAGCCCAUCCGUGCCCGAUCUGCUCUGAGUGGUGUGAAGAAGGAGCUCAACAGAGUGAAGCAGAAGAAGGCAGUGGAGCUACCACUCAGCAAGGAGGAGGCAGAGCGGGUUGUGAGAGAGGCUGCCUAUGUCAAAAGCUCUAAAGAUGUUGGCAAGUGGCAACCAGUGGUCCUGCAGAACCGCCGUGCAGAGCAGUUGGUUUUCCCUCUGAAGGAGGAGAUUGUGGCAGUUGCCCCCCUGGAGCAAGUGGUUUCAGCAUGGAAGCCCCGAACUCCCCUGGAGCAGGAGAUCUUUGGUCUGCUCCACAAAACACAGCAGCCCAUCACAGACCCACUCCUGACACCUCAGGAGAAAGCCUCGCUGCAGGCAAUGAGCUUGGAGGAGGCCAAGCGGCGGCGAGCAGAGCUGCAGAAGGCUCGAGUCCUGCAGUCCUACUAUGAAGCCAAGGCUCGUCGAGAGAAGAAGAUCAAGAGCAAGAAGUACCAUCGUGUGCUGAAGAAAAGCAAGAGACGCAAGGCCUUAAAGGAGUUUGAAAUGCUGCAGAAGUCAGACCCCGAGGCCGCCUUGGCAAAGCUGGAGGAGCUGGAUCAGCUCCGGAUGGAGGAGCGGAUGAGUCUCAAGCAUCAGAACAAGGGGAAAUGGGCCCGCUCACGGGCCAUUAUGGCCAAGUAUGACCUGGAGGCCCGCAAGGCCAUGCAAGAGCAGCUGGCCAGGAAUAAGGAGCUGACACAGAAGGUGCGGGUGGAAUUGCCAGAGGAGGAACCAGCUGACGUGCCCGAAGAGGACCUCACUUCCACAGCCAUCCCUCCUGUCUCUGUGGGAGCGAGCAAAGCAAAUCCCUGGAUGCUGGGCAAACCCAGUGACCCAGCCCAGGAGUCUGAUGUGCCAGAGGACCUUGGAAAUGCUGCAGUGCCAGUUGCUGUAGAGAACAAGGAGGAGAUGUCUGAGGAGGAGGAAGAGCUGUCAGAGGAGGAGGCACUGCUACAAGACUUUCAGCAGAAGCGGCAAGCACGGCAGCAGCAGUCAGGGAGUCCUGAGCAGCACAGCGAGGAGCUUACAGUCCUGCCUGGUGUCUGUAGUGUCACAGAGCGAGGUGCUGAUGAGACAGAAGAAGUUUCUGAACAACUGCCAGGGGAUGCCUCCAUCCACCCAGUCAGUGUCGAGGAGCAGAUGAGCCCAGUGAUUGAGCUGCCUCCCCAGGCCCAGGAGGAGCCUUUGCUGUCAGAGCAGCUGCACCGUGUGCAGACAAUGGAGGACAUUGAGGCUUUGGCCUCUGAGGAGCUUGCAGCAGAGCAGGAGAAGCCAGUGACUGUGGGCACAGAGAAGCCAGCACGCCAUCAGCAGGAAGGCAGAGCUACACCCAAGCCUGCCAAGAAACCAACAACCAAGAAGAAAAUAAUCAGCUUGCAGGCUGUGCUGUCUGGAAAGCUCCAGGAGGCUCAGUGCCCCAACCUACCUAUGGUCAUGGUAGAAGAGGAGGGUGGCUUUGACCAGCGAGGAGUGAUCACAGAGGCCUUUGCUGGGGAUGACGUGGUUGCCGACUUCAAUCGGGAGAAGCACAAAGCAGAGCAGGCUGCGAAGCCACAGCCACUGAACUUGGUUCUGCCAGGCUGGGGCGAGUGGGGAGGCACCGGCCUGAAGCCCAGCAACAAGAAAAUUAAACGGUUUCUGAUCAAGCCAGCCCCGGCACCUCCCAGGAAGGACCAGCAUUUGCCCCACGUUAUCAUUAGCGAGCAGCGCAACAUCCACGCAGCAGCACAUCAGGUCAGCGAGCUGCCCUUCCCCUUUGAGAGGCACCAGCAAUUUGAGCAGUGCAUCCGGACGCCCGUGGGCUCCACGUGGAACACACAGCGUGCCUUCCAGAAGCUCACCGCUCCCCGUGUUGUCACACGGGCGGGCCACAUCAUCCAGCCUCUCUCUGCUGAGGAUGUCCCCUCUGUGGCUGCCACAACUGACAGUGGAACCAAGCUGGCACUCAAAACCCCACCUGAACAGCAUAAGCAGUUCUCUCGCCGCCCCCGCAAGAGAGCACGAUAGCUUGUGGGUGCCAGGCCUGACCCCCCGGCGCUGGGGAGCAGGUGGGGGCCGUGUUCCAGGGCUGCCCUCCUGCAGAGUGGUUCCUGGUUCUGUCUUGGGGCUUUUCAACUCGGCAAUAAAAGUGCUGGGCUGCCAUG